AUGAUAAAUAUGACAGAGACAAAACAAUUAAAAUUAAUUUUAAUAGGAGAUGUGAACGUUGGAAAGACGUCUAUUCUUCAUAGGCUUAUUUUUUCCAAAUUUACAGAAGAAUAUAAAAGUACUAUAGGUGCAGAUUUUUUAUCAAAAACAUUUUAUCAAAAUGAUAUUAUUACACAUAUUCAACUUUGGGAUACAGCAGGACAAGAGAAAUAUUGGUGUUUAACAUCAGCAUUUUGGAGAACAUCAGAUGCAGUUAUAUUAGUAUUUGAUAUUUCAAAUGAAUCAUCUUUUAGAAAUUUAAAUUUUUGGUAUAAACAAUUCAAAUCAAAGAGUAUAAACCCUGAUGGGACAGAAAAACAAUUACCUAUAUUAUUAUUAGCAAAUAAAUCAGAUUCUUUGACAAGAGCUGUCGAUCAAUCUGAAAUUAAUCAAUGGUGUACUGAUCAUAAAGUUAAUUUAUAUUAUGAAGUAUCUGCUAAAUCUUCUAUAAAUAUAAAAGAAUCAAUUCUAAAAUUAGUUGAAGUUAUAAUUGAACAAGAUAAAGAUUCUGAUAACGAACAAUUUAAUGAUAGCCCUGACGAAGAAACAUCAUCAAUUACUUUAUUAGGUACUUCUAAAAAACAUGAUAAUACCAAUCCAAAUAAACCUUCAACUUCCUCACCUUCAAGUUGUUUCAAUUGUAAAUAA